AUGAUCUUGCCACACGUUGAUCUCCAGUUGGACCUGGCAAAACCAGAUAUUCUCCAAAACCUACCUUCUCCUACUCUCAAACUCUGCUUCUCUAUCUGCAGGGAAGAUUGUGAGCUCUUUUACUUCAUCAUUUCUUCCUUUUGGUCUUUCUUGCUUACAGCCAGAAGUGACUUCUAUCAACCAAAGUAUAGAUUUGAGAGAUGCGACAAAGUGAAAGGAAUAUGUAAAACAUUUUGUGAUGAUGUUGAGUAUGAUUAUGGAUACUGCAUUAAAUGGAGAAAUCAGUGCUGCAUAUAA